AUGGCUAUGGCUCCUCCCCGAAAGGGCGAGAACUAUGAACUUCGUCAACAGCUCAACUCGGAAUAUAGAGAUAAAAGAGCGGAUGCUAUAAAAAGAGUCAUAGCGAAUCACACAAUAGGGAAAGAUUGUAGUGGUUUAUUUCCUGAUGUAGUGAAGAACAUGCAAACCGAUGAUUUGGAACAGAAGAAAUUGGUAUAUCUAUAUCUUAUGAAUUAUGCUAAAACUCAACCGGAAUUGGUUAUUCUUGCGGUCAACACUUUCGUUAAAGACACUGCCGAUCCCAAUCCACUCGUUAGGGCUUUAGCCAUCCGAACGAUGUCCGUCCUUCGAGCCGAAAAGAUAUUAGAUUAUCUCGCUUCUCCCCUAUCUAGAUGUCUGAAAGAUGAGAACCCAUAUGUCAGGAAAACAGCAGCUUUAUGUGUAGCUAAAGUGUUUGAUCUCAAACCUGAACUCUGUGUGGAAUAUGGGUUCGUUGAGACUUUAAGGGAUUUGAUCGGGGAUGGAAAUCCUAUGGUCGUAGCGAAUGCCGUAGCGGCUCUAGCGGAUAUAUAUGAAGCUUCACAAAGCUUGCCUGCAACACCUCCCGCUUCACCUGGAAGAUCAUCACCACCACCAUCAAGUCGACCCAGUUCUGACUUGUUCAUCAUUGAUGGCCCUACACUCACAAAACUUCUAGUAGCUUUAAAUGAAUGUUCCGAAUGGGGCAGAAUCGCCAUUUUGAACACUUUGGCAAGGUAUAAAGCUGUGGACGAAAAAGAAAGUGAACACAUAUGUGAAAGAGUUAUGCCGCAAUUUCAACACGUCAAUGCGGCUGUAGUAUUAGGUGCUGUCAAAGUGAUAAUGAUACAUAUGAGAAGUGUUACGAGGGAAGAUUUACUCAAAUCGCUCACUAGAAAGAUGGCUCCUCCUUUAGUGACGCUCAUAUCAUCACCGCCUGAAGUUCAAUGGGUCGCACUCCGGAAUAUUAAUCUUCUACUUCAAAAGAGACCUGACAUAUUGGCUAAUGAAAUGAGGGUCUUCUUCUGUAAAUAUAAUGAUCCACCUUAUGUCAAAGUUGAAAAAUUAGAUAUCAUGGUCAGAUUGGCCAGCGAGAAAAAUGUUGAUACCCUCUUAGGCGAGUUGAAAGAAUACGCUUCCGAAGUCGACGUUGAUUUCGUGCGAAAAGCCGUUCGAGCCGUUGGUCAAGUAGCUAUCAAGAUUGAUGAAGCUGCUGAAAGAUGCGUAGGAGUCUUGAUGGAAUUGAUAGAGACCAGAGUCAGUUAUGUAGUGCAAGAAGCUGUGAUAGUGAUCAAGGACAUAUUCCGAAAGUACCCUCACUCAUACGAAGGUAUCAUUCCUACUUUAUGCGCCAACCUGGAAGAACUUGAUGAACCAGAAGCGAAGGCUUCGUUGAUAUGGAUUAUUGGUGAAUACGCAGAAAAAAUCGAAAAUGCCGAUGAGUUACUGGGUACAUUCCUAGAGACAUUCAAAGAAGAGAGUUAUCCUGUGCAAUUGCAAACACUGACCGCUAUAGUCAAGCUCUUUUUGAAGAAACCAGAUGAAAGUCAAGCUAUCGUUCAAAGGGUCUUACAAGCAGCAACGAAGGAUUGUGAUUCUGCAGAUGUCAGAGAUCGAGCAUACAUCUAUUGGAGGUUGCUAUCCUCUGAUCCAGCUGCUGCAAAGUCCGUUGUACUUGCGAAUCGACCACCUAUAUCCCUUCCUCAAACAACCGUCGCUCCAGCCAUCCUCGAAGAACUCAUCACCGAAGUCUCCAGUUUGGCCAGUGUAUACCAUAAACCUGCUGCUACCUUUAUCGGUAAAGGUAGAUUGGGGGCCGAGGAUAUGCAAAGACGUGCGAUGCAACCUGAAGAAGAAAUGUCUAGAGAAAAAGCAUUAGCCACAGUAGUAGCAGGACAACAAGCCGAGAACUUGUUAGAUUUCGAUGCUGAUGAUGAAGUGCCAUCAACUUCAUCUUCUUCGCAAACGUUAUCAAUGGUCGGAUCAGGAUCAAAUUCAGGCCUGACAUCAAAAGCGAUUUCGAAUGUAGCGAAAUCAUCCAAUCCAUUAGAUGAGUUAAUGGAUUUAUUCUCAACUGCUGCGAUGACAACACCAACUUCACAACCCAUAGCACCCAAAUCUACCGUAUCGGGAAUUCAAGGAUUACAAGAUGAUCAUGAUGAUACUUUCUCAGGACUAUCAGGGUUAUCAUCUCCACCUCCUCAAAUUAAUGGUUCUACGAAUUCAACACAACAACAAUCACAACAACAACAACAACAACAAAGCUCAGGAGGAGCACAGGAUGAUCUGUUAGGUCUAUUUUAG